AUGACCGCUGAUCUCGACACGCGUCGCAUUCGAGCUUCCACGCCUGCUGAGCUUCGAGACUACUACAGCCAGACAUUGAAUGAUGUGCCAGUCGGAGAAAUCACAACGCAACUUCUCCAAGCUAUCGAGAGAGGCUCGAUAUCCCCGUUUACGUUUACACCAUGGCUCGGCGUAGCAAAGUCGCCAUCCGUCAUCCGCGAAGCGCUCAGCCAGAAUUUCUCUGUACUGACCCGCAAAUUCGCGAUCAAGCAGCUUCGCAAAGCACUCCGUUCAUCGCGAUGGAGGGAGACGUGGGAGGGGAUUGGAGGUACUGCUGGUUUGCUUGACAUCUUUGCUGACUUCUCGGUGCGCGAGAUCAGAUCAGCUUGUGUGGCAAUUGGCAGUUGCGGUAGAGGGACGGACUUGGCUGAGAAAAGGGAGCUUUUCACACAAUUCUUCAAAACGCUACACCCAGAUCAAUUCCCUGAUACGCCGCACAGGACCAAGGAUAGACGUGCACUCGGAAAGUUCUAUGGAUAUUUGAUUCCUGCGUGCUCAGAAAACCUAGUGAAAAAGGCUAUUGCGAGCGAUUAUAAAGGAAUAUGGAGAGUGCCGCCGGGAAAGCAUCUCAUCAAAUACUAUCCGGAGUAUAUGCAAGAGCAGCUCAUUCGAUCACUCAGCGCGGCGCAGUCACCCACCCUCGACAUGUCCAUGUUUCAAGGUCUAUUGCAUCAGUAUCCUCCGGCCAAAUCGACCACGACUGGCUUCUCGAGGUCUAUGGAAUUUUCUUUGAAAGUUCUAGAGACCUUGAGCAAUUCAGCCCGCCGCGUAAUGGAGGAUGAAACCUUCAUCGACCAACUCGUCAAUCCCCUCUUGAAACGCGCUAUCAAGAAGAAUGCAGACUGGAACACUACACAACGAAUCGUGGACCUCACGAUGCGAUAUUUGGAGAUCCAUCCAAGCACGGGUCGCCACAUUACUGACUUCCAGGGCGACUUCCUCCAGCAAGUGGCCUUUUGCUGGUCACAACAGCCAAGCUUGUUCGAACAGCAACUCCGGAGACUGUGUUCUCAUACAGUAUGUGGUACGAUCAGCAAGACCAAUAUCGGAGAUUGGAAUGACAUCCUCUCUGGGAUCCCAGCAAAGCAAAGUUACCCACUCUUGAAACUCUGUUACCAAGCGUCUACCUCACUUGAUCUUGAGAGCGAUAAAGAUCUUGCGAAAACCGAGGGCUCGAUUCAUCACAGCUUCUUUUCCAACAUGUCUCCUGCAGACGCUCUUCUACUAUUCUCUCGUUUGAGAAGAACAAGGGGAGACAUAGAUCUGAUCGACGCAGAUCGGAAUUGCUCCAUUUUUAGCUCAACUUCGACCUUCGAAGGCUCAAGUGGCGACCCGAAUCUGAUUCACAUCUUCCUACUCAGCCUGAACGGCAAACAAGAUGAAGCCAAGACCAUGGCCAGUGGCUACAUCGAUAUGCGCAAGAAGAAGGCUGCCACUGCGUCUCAUCCGGAGCAACGCGCAUUCUUCGCCAAGUCAGCGCUGUUCGCUGCCAUAGCCACUGGAUCACUUCAGAUGCUGAAACAAAUUCUGGAAUGGGCUAAACGUUUCUUACGAGAUCCGCUUGUGAUUUGUGAGAUCUACCUCCAUUCGUAUCCUGAAGAAGCUAUACGUCUACUGUCAGGUAUUCCUGAGUCAAUUAAUAGGAUGUUAAGCCAGGUCGAGCUGCAUCAGCGGGUUUCUGCAGCAAACACGAUUCUGCGAGACAUGUUUGAUACAGUUUGCGAAGCCUUGAGAGAACCAUCAUUCCGGGCAAACAAUUGGAGCGGUGUCUUCGAAUUGUUCUACCAGGUUGUCAAACUGCGCAUCGAUCUCACACCGACAGUCAAGAAGCAGCUUAAUGCUUCUGACCAAGAGAUACUGGCUUGUCUCUGGGAUGAAACAAUUCCGAUGAUUAUUGCGAUUGAGGAGAAGGCGCAGCAAGAGGGCUAUGAAAGACUUCACGCUAAUUUCCUCCGCGGCAUUCUUGCCUAUCACAAAGGCUUCACAAUUGAGCUCGGGAGCACCGACAACUCGACCUAUGCAUUCUUCGACUCGCUCGCUCGUGCGCGAGAUGAACUCUGGUGCAGGUUGCGGCCUUCAGCUCAUCCUGCUACAGCCGCACUUCCCGAGCCUUUCCCACGAGGACUUGCACUUCAAUAUCUUACCGCUCCGUGGAUCUUAAAUGUGAAGGAUCUGAACAGCGUUGCGCCUUACAUUGCAUCGCGUACCCAUCGUACCCUGUUUCCAGACCCAAAGACUGCACUUCAACCUUCACCAUCGGACGAAGACUCUCGAAAGGCAAGCGGGAUGUUCGUGGAUUGCUACCGACACGCUCUACAACUUUACAUACCUAAAGCAUGCGACAGAGCGGAGAGACAAGGACGUGUCGGAAAAGUGUGGGAGUAUGCAGUCGGUCCUUUGAGUUCAACCCGGAUGACGGAAGAUGAGGCGAUACGCUUUUGGGGCGACAAGAAACCACGGUGUUUGAGUGAGUGGCCGCCUGAGGAUGCGAUGAGCACUAUCAAGAAGCCUUGGCCGUUGCUACCAGAGGACGACGGUUCCGGUGAGUCGUGUGAAUGGAACCCCUUUGCAUCAAGACCAAACUUUCCUGCACGAGAACUUGGUGAGCCCACCUAUGUAAAUUUCUCUGUGGGCAUAUGUCAGAGCAUGUAUGCAACGCCUUCCACGAUUCUCCACGUCGCCGCGUCACCAGCUAAAGUUCCUGCCUACAAAGAAGAACUCCGACAUCUUUGGACUACAACACGCGAUAUGGGUGAAGGUGGUGUCUUGUCGGCUUUGUUGUAUCUCGAUGCAAAAUUCUUUAGCAACGACCGCCUACUAGCUACUCCAUUCCCUUCAGCAAAAGACACGCGAUACCCCUCUCUGUAUCUAGACGACGACUUCCUCAUCUCGGAAGAGCCCAACAAGUACAUAGCUGCCAGGGACAUACAUGGUCAUCUCGAUACGAUACCUCCUGCAUUACUGGCACAGUCCGCACAGAACCUCAUCAGCGCGCUCAAUAAGUUCGAUAAGGAUUCGAGUGGUUUGGAUCCGCACGAGGUUGCUAUGGAGCUAGUCGCGCGAUUGUGCGAGAGUGACAGACCUGGUUUGGCCAUUCAGUCAGUUGUCCGUACGAUUCUGGGCAGGCCAAAGUCAAGCUCAUGGCAUCGGAAACUACUCAAAUCUAGUUUCCUCCGACGACUUCCGGCUACGCAGGCAAGAUCUUGCAUCGAAGCUUUUGCCGACGGGCUCUUUCAUAUUCUUCAAGGCAAGGAUGGUAAUAAGAGGAACCCAGACGACCACGAAGUUGCAUCGACAGAUGAAACGCAUGCCAAAGUAACUACAGUCAAGAUGCUUGCUCAGCUGUUCCAAGACUUGGACUUCAUCGGAUCGGACUAUGCUCUUUCUGUGCUAUCGAGACUUUCCAAAAUGAAACUACAUGUUGACGUUCGGCUCAACAUUGUCAAAAGCCUUAUUGUCCUGCUUGAGUCUAAGUCUGGAAAGCAGUCUCGCGAAGUACUCACCCUCCUGGAGUUGUUCAUACGGCUAGCAGGAGUCUUAAAUGAGAGACAGCCGCUAGACGAGGCGAUCUGGGUGCAAUGCGAACAGGAUCUAUCCCUUCCCGAGCUACAAUCGGGUAUUACGGGUACUGAAAGUUCAGAAUCACCGAUUCUGGUCGCUCUGGUUGCAUAUCUUCGUCAUGACAAGACCACUGCAAGCGAUUUCCAAUCUUUCGUUGAUCGAAUCAUGCUGCCAAUACUGCGGAGCCUAAGAGAUCAAACGGCGAGGUGGGCAGCAUUGUUCCUUCGCAAAUAUGGAUUGGAAGAUGCGUUGCUUGGAGACUUUAGCAUUCCACCCAUCCCGCGACACCCGUCCGUGAAUAGGACUUUACUCUCGGUAGAGAAGGAGAAAUUACUUCAUAUUCCGCGCUUCGUAUUGGAAGAAUAUGUGGCUUAUAUGUCUUUCAGAAUCGCACUCCCAGCGCCCAUGCGAGCAAUGAAUCAACGGCUUGGUGCUGACCCUGCACUGCGUUCGCUUCCUGAAGUCCAAACAUGGCUGCAAUUGUACGGACAAACGAGCGACGCUAUAGGCUAUGACUUUACGAACGAUAUGUAUCUCGAUGUCGUCGGACUUCUGGAGCAUGCUGUAGAUUCUUCUGAUGAUGCGGUCAUUACACCAAAACUCGUCCAGGAGCAAUUUCUCAAACUUUUCACUGCAUCACUUUGGAACGACGCACCAGUAUACAACAAGUCCAUGAAAGACCUUUGCAAAAGGCUACUGACUGGUCACUACCUCGGCAAGAAGUGGUGGUUACCGUAUGGCAAACCGAUCUUGGAGGCAAUGGUGUCCUACGUAAACACUUUGCGCACACGAGAAUGGGGACGCGAUCCCGCCCGAAAGCCUUCAGUAUUACCUGACACGUUCCCCUGGCGUCUUCUCCUGCUUGACUAUCCAUGGCCAUCACGCGAUGAAGAUGAAGCAAUACGCGAGCGGAAAUGCAAGAUUUUUGCGGGUCAGCUGAUCGCCGUUGUCGACAAGAUGGGUCCAGUCUACCAUAAGCAAUUUGAUCAGAUGUCUACCUACCUCGCCACUGAUAUUGUGCGUUCCGAAGGUAGCCAAAGGGGAGAAAAACGAUUUGGCACGAGGAUGGUUACCUACGAUAAACACGAUCUGCUACAUGGCGCGCUCAUCAACAACCGCAUCCUGACUGCCAUCUACGUAGGCGACAUCAGUAAGACAAGACUGAGCUGGCUAACAGCACCGGAAUUGAUGAGGGUCGAGGUUGCAGCAGCACUGAUAGAGCUUGUGGGACCUAAGUUGUGGGAGGAGAAGGCUAUCGUCAAAAAGGAGAUCAGGGUCCGAUUGAAAGGUCUGAUAGAAACAUGGAAGGCAAGUGAAAAUGAGGGCGUCAGAAGAAGAGGGUGGGAGAUUGAACAAAACCACCUGAGGUAG